CGGGGGAACGCGCGGCCGCUCCGGGUGCCUCGCUGUGAGCGUGUGAGUGCCUGAGCGCCUCCUUUCCCCUCGCACCGGUUCCGCUCUCCUCGUCCUUUUUGCCACGAAAUGCUCACUCUGAUUGACAUGUUUUUCCCCGCCUGGUCCCCAGCGUGAUGAAAACUGACGUUCCAAUAGUGUCUUCUUUCUUUCAUUUUUUCCUCAGCGAGUGUUUUGCCGACUGACGACAUCUCUUUCGAAAGGCGCGACUCCCUCGUGUCGUGGAAGAAAGAGAUUAGAGUGACCAGGAAAGACGUGCUAUUAAUCUGUUGUGCGUAAUUCCCUCUGUGCUGUGAACUUGGAGAACGUGUAGAAAUCAGCGGUUGUUGACGGAGUGAACUCAUGUAUGUGUCAUUCAGUAUCGAACGUGCGAAGAGGCCCCGAGAUCAGUUUAACGCGACGCCACAGCUCAGCAAAGCCCUGCGAAGUACAGUACCACACAGCUGAAGAACACAAUACUGAUUAGUUAUCCCAGAGUCUAGGCCUAGGCGCCUAGGCCUCCAGCCACCUCUAAUCCCCUUUGCCUCCCCUGGCGAAAGACGGUGUCAGCAGUAACUGAUGACACCCAGGCUGGGCUGACAAGCAGGGAACUGACCGCAACGCCCGGCGAAGGCACGAGGAAGGGCCAGCGAGGAUGGCAUCGCCUUACCCGCAACUGCUGUGCUUGGCGCUGGCGGGCGCCCUUUGGUCCUCGGAGGCAACGAGCGACAUCUUCUACUUCAGCUCGUGGCCUCGGGAUGGGCGUGCGGGCGCGGGCGAGGGCAGGGUGAUGGAGUGCGCCGUGUCCGACACCGCCAGCAUCACGCCCAGCUGGCACCUGGACGGGCGGCCGGUCACCUACUCCUCCAGACGUCACCUGAGAGGCGGCAGUCGAGAAGAGGCGGCCUGGGACCUUGUGAUCGAGCGAGCGGUGCCGGAGGACUCAGGAGAAUAUACCUGCAUCGCCCACAACACCACGUCAGGAUUCGCUCUCACGUCGCUGGCCGGGACGCUCACCGUGCUCUGGGUCGCCGAGUCCUCCCGGGUGGUGUUAGCUGACCACCGUGAGCUCGAGUCCGUGAAACCAGGCAGCGCCGUGACACUAAGGUGCCGCGUGGACGGAGGCCCGGAUCUCUACUAUGCUUGGAAAAGGAACGGCGAUUCGGUCUCGGGUCUCGACGGGGUAACGGUCUCUCGGCGGCGGCUCACGAUCGACCACUUCGACCCCACCGUCCACAACGGCGUCUACACGUGCUCGGCCUCCAUCUACAAGCCAGGGACGCCCCAGCACCACGACGGCGCCCGCCCCUCGCACCUCACGGCCACCACCUCGGCCUUCCCGCUCGUCCUCGCGAUCAAAGACCCGCGCCUUCCCUCGAUAGUGGACGUCCCUGAGUCCGUGGUGGUGGGGCCGGAUCGCGGGGCCUUACUCAAGUGCAGCUACGAGGAAGGGACGCUGACGGAGUGGUACCUUCAGGACAGCGGACCUCUCAUCAACAAUUCCAGACACCUCGUGCUGGGCAACGGAAGCCUGCAGAUCCUGGCCGCUAACAUAGGCGACGAGGGCGUGUACAAGUGCGUGGGCGUGCACCCCGACCGCGUAGAUUCCUCCUCGUACGCAGCUACUCUCACCCUUGCCUACCUAGACGACAAGACGCCGCCCACGCUGGAACCAGGACCCAACAUCCGGGCGAGUCACGUCGUGGGCAAGGGCGGGCGUCUGCGCGUGAUCUGCCUGCCCCCGGCGGGCUUGCCGCGCCCCGAGGUGACGUGGGUGGCGCCGCAGCUGCAGAAGCUCCAGUCUUCGGGCUCCAUCCAGGUGGACGGCGCGGCGCUGGUGGUCGAGGACGCCACGGAGGACCACGCGGGGAACUAUACCUGCAUCGUGUCCAACCUCGCCGGAAACGCGUCGCUCGCGCUCGAACUCGUCGUCACUAGGAAACCCGAGGUGCAGAUGAUGACGUCAUCGGUCUCCGUGCUCGAGGAGGAGACGGGGCGACUCGAGUGCCGGAUGGAUACGUCACCGCCUCCUUACACGAACGUCUCCUGGACCCGGGACGGACACCCGGUAAGCGUGGACGACUAUCGCGUGUCUCUGUCGGGGAUGGGCGAGGGCGUGAGUCAGGGCGUGUCCGUGCUGCGGAUCCGAUGGGCGCGCCUGGAGGACGUGGGUCUGUACGUGUGCGUCGUGACCACCGAAGGACACCCGCCCGCCCACACCAUGCCGGCGAAGUUCGAGGUUAUAGAGCGACUGAAGUUCUCGCCUCGGCCGCUGGAUUCGCGAGUGGAGGUGGGGGGGAACGUGAGUAUCCCGUGCGAGGCUAGGGGUGAGGUGACCCCUGAAGUGACUUGGUAUCGGCCUAAUGCUACUAAGCCUUCAUAUUUAGCAACGUUCUCUGCAUAUCCAUUAAUCCUCAGUUCCUCAUGCAACAUUUCUUCACCGAGCAGCACCCCUGUUGCAAAGGAUCUGACGCCCCUGUUGCUCCUUCUCUCCCCCGUUGCAGAGAGCCCCGUGAUGGAAUGGGUGACGCACAGCCCCGUGCAGGUGGACAAGGGAGGCACUCUGGUGCUGGAGUGCCGCGCGAGGGGGACACCCAAGCCCUCCAUACACUGGGACUACAACCACACGCCCAACGCCUUCGAUCCGGACAGGGUGGAGAUGCAUGGCAACGGCACGCUGCAGCUGUCGGGCGUACGACGUGAGGACGGCGGGGUGUACGGCUGCACGGCGGGCAAUAUGGGCGGCCUGGUGCGGGCGGAAAUCACCGUGAGCGUUUCGGGUGAAAGCAUCCAACCUUUGGGCAGAACUGUAGGCGUGGCAGUCGGAGGCGCGGCCGCCUACAUAGCCCUGGUUGGCGCCAUGCUCAUCUACUGCCGGCAGCGCAGACUGAGGCUCAAAAAUUCGCCUCCUCACACGCGAGGCGAAGGGAGCGAGGAGGCGCAGAGCCCCGAGGAGCAGGAGCGGCUGAUGUACACCGCCCGGCAGAGCGGCGCCCUCGACGGCGACAUCCGCGAGUUCGGGGCGGCGACGUCCAAGCCCGGCGCCCAGCUGGACCCCGCGUGCCAGGUGCAGCUGUCGCAGGUGUCGACGCACACGCUCGGCGCCUCCACGCACCUCGGGCUCUCGCAGGCGUCGACGAAGACCAUGGGCGGCUCCUCGGUGUCCACGCAGCACUCGUCGCCUCCGCAGGCCAACUCCUCGCCCUCCGCCCAGAGCACCGCCCAGGCCGGCCCCAGCGACGCCCUCUACCCGCGCCACGAGGCCUCGACGCACGCGGCGGGCCAGGACAAGGCCAAGAUCCAGAGGGAGAACAUCCAGGUCCUCCUCACGCUCGGUCGCGGAGAAUUCGGCGAGGUCCAGCUGGCGCGACUUCGCACUUCGCCUGAGGACUCGGACGGCGAAGACACGCCCCCCGACCCCGAUAAGCUGGUCAUGGUGAAGGUGGUGAGUACGAGGGACGAGCAGCUCCUGGCCGAGGUGUGUCGUGAGGCGGCCAUGUUCAGUGGUCCUCCUCACCCGCACGUGGUCUCUGCUCUGGGGCUCUGCACUUCCCACGCGCCGCAUCUGCUUGUCACGCAGUACACCGAUUGGGGUGACCUGAAGCAGUUCCUGCUGGCCACGAGAAAGGAGUCCCCGCGUCCUCUGGGCAGCCUGCGUCCGCCGCCCUUGACCUACCAGCAGUGUCUCAGCUUAUCUUUGCAGGUCGCCGAGGCCCUGGAGUAUCUGAGCGGGAGGCGACACACCCACAAGGACAUCGCCGCGAGGAACUGCCUUAUCACCUCCAAGCUGCAGGUGAAGCUAGCUGCUCCGGCCCUCACCAGGGAUGCCUACCAGGCCGAGUACUGCACCUACAGGAACCAGGUGCUGCCGGUGAGAUGGCUGGCCCCCGAGGCUCUUCUCGAGGACGAGUACAGCAUGAAGAGCUCCGUAUUCUCGUGGGCGUGGCUCGCGUGGGAGAUCCUCACGCAGGCGACUCUUCCGCACUCAACUAUCACGGAUCAGCAGGUGAUGACAGCCGCCCAAAACGGGGACCUCCAGUGCGCGCCGCCUUCAGGGACGCCAGCGGACCUUGGGGACCUCCUCUCCUCGUGCUGGCAGCAGUCCCCGAAGGCUCGACCCGCCAUCCAGUCCGUAGUCGAGACGCUGAAGACCCUUUCCUGAAUCCUACAGGAGGGGGCGAAGGGGAAACGCGCAGACUGCCACGAACUGAGACAACUUCCUUCUAUUGUGAUCUUAGAAACUGCGGCCAAAUGUCUUUAUCUCAAUGCUUUGCUCUACCAAAGGGACCAAUGAAGUCUUGG